UAAAUUUUCAAAUCUAAAGACAUCUUCAAAAGUGAACUAGAACAUAAUAACUCUAAUGGGUCCAUCAUGCUCGUGCAACGAUAAAUGGUGUAACAUUAUAUUGAAAUUGCAAAACGAUGCCGAGAAACGUAAAGAAAGACGUUUAGGCUGCACUUGUAUUUCGAGACGACCAAGAUUCUUGAGAUUUCGCCGAAAACUUCAUAGAAGGAAAUGCACUUGCAUUCAACUAAAUAAAUCUACAAAAUAUUCACGAAGCCCUAGAAAAGAUUUGGAUGAACAACCACCUAAAGUCCAUAUUUGUUCGAAGCAUAAGAACUUAGCUCAAAUUGGAUGUUGUUCGCGUGGAACGGACACUUGUUUUUUCCAAUCCAGCGAUGAUGAAAUUCAGGGGUACCAUAAUACAGAAACCAAUAGCUGUUGUCACAGAGGAACGCAGAACAAAAACGUCUGUAGAUUCACUGUUGAUGCUUAUUUUACGUAAAUAAAUUGUUUUUUACUGGAUA